AUGUGCAUCGCCCUUAUAUCCACCGCACACCCUUCUUACUCACUGAUCCUGAUUGACAACCGGGAUGAAUAUGUCAAUCGGCCAACGGACCCUGCGAAAUGGUGGCCCGAAUCUCAUUCUCAAGUCUUCGGCGGCCGAGAUCUGCAGCGCGAGGUCCGGGGUACUUGGUUGGGAGUGACAAAGACCGGCAAGAUCGCAGUUCUGACCAAUUACCGCGAAGACACGAUCCCACCGCCCACGGCUACUAGCCGCGGUGCAAUCAUCAAGCAUUUCCUUACUGAGGACGUCGGUUCCGUUGAAGGCUUUGUCGAGAAGGUCGUCGAGACGGGCAUUAGUCAGGACGCCGGAGGGUUCAGUCUCGUCUGCGGGAACAUUGGCGAGAAGCUGGCGGUCAUCUCGAACCGUGCGAAGAGCCAGAGUCAGGUCCCAUGGAUUGCCGGUGACACGGUGCAAACGGUCGGACUGAGCAAUGCAGCCUUUUCCGACCGCACCUGGAAGAAAGUCCUAUUAGGUGAAGAGCUCAUGCUCAACACCAUUCGAUAUUCUGUCGAAAACAGUGAGACCGAAGACCAGCUGAUCCAGAGGUUCCUGGCUCUGUUGAGCCACGAUACUCUCCCAAGGGAAGGCAAGGCCGACGAAGACGGACUAGAAGUGUACAUUAAGGAUCUGCGCGACACGAUAUACGUUCCCCCGCUCGGACGGAAGGACAUGACUGGUCUCAUAGACGAUGAGCUGCGCUCUGCUCGGCUGAACGAGAAAGUCGAGGUUGUGGAGGAGGUUGAUGUUGUCGGCAGCAGCACGUCCGCCGGCCGACCAACCCCUACAAACAACCCCCAAGUCAAGGCCCCGGGGCUGGGAGUCAGUGGAAUCUAUGGGACUCAGAAGCAGACUAUCGUCUUGGCCGACAAGGCCGGGAACGUUCGAUUCUUCGAGAGAACCCUGUUUGACGAGAACUCCAAUCCCAUACCUCUGGGAAAGGGCGAUAUUGACGUUACAUUCAAGAUCGAGAAGUCCUGA